GAUUAGAUUGCCAGCACUGACCCAAUCUGCACCAUGUGAAAUAGAAGUCACACGGCACAUCUAUCUUCAGCCUCUGAUAUACCUGUUUUACCGCUUGGCCAGCUGAAUGGACACGGCCACAACCACCUUUGCCAUUCCUGACAUCAGUUUCAUGGCUGAGAAACAAAGACGCAGUGUGACAGGCACAAUAACAGUCAAUGAGUGCGCGCUCAUGCCCCAAAGAAGAACGUGAAUUGAUUUUGUGAGGAUGUCCUGUUACAGCAGUGUGAUCCGCGUGGAUGCAUCAUCUGCGGACCUAGCACCUCAAGAACCACUGCAUCUGAUCCCCUGUGAGAUUGAACACAAUGGACCUGCACAGAUCUCUCAGUACUUUAAUGCUGCCAUAAAGGAGCGUAAACACGAGAUGACUGUUUCAUUUCGGGGUCGAGGCCUUAAAGGGCAGUACAUUACCUGUCCGCAAGGCUACACUGGCAUUGUACUCAAGGAGCUCAACAAGCCCGGUUCGGAUCAGGAGGACAGGACCCUGACGAUAGCUUCCUUGUUUGACAAGCUGACCUACUGGAACCUCGAGACACCUCCUAACUCAGAUGAUGCGGUGGUGAUGGCGAUGGAUUGGCCUGAGCUUGCUGAAGCGAUUCAUGGAGCAGUGGAAGAUUAAAGGGGCAACUUUGGCGAUUAAAAUGCAUAUCGUUCACUGAUUACUGGCCAUCCUUUAAAAAAAAAAAAAAAAAAAAAAAAAAAAAAGAGCUUAAAUAAUUGUUACAAAGCAAACAACUUUGUUCUAUUUUAUGUAUUUUGUAAAGAAUUUUGUACCAAAAUUAAAAAAAAAAAAACUGCAUUGAAACAUGACUAUUCUAAGUUAUCCAGAGAUAAGAGUAGACACACUAGCCAGCUGACUAAUCAGUUAACCAUAAGAAUUAUUAUUCUACCGUGUUUUCAUUUUUAUCAGUGAAUGGGAAUGAGGACUCACACAGAUACAUUAACAAACAUUUAUAAGGUUUUUCAGAUUGGCGGAGGACAGGACAAACUAAAGGCCAUUGGCAAACACUUGUUCCUUCACCAAAACUUUGUCUCAUUUCAUUUUUGAAACUUCUAGUCUGGCAUACUUGGCUGCAUAAUUAGAGCACUGGACUCAAGACCUGACAGAGUACAAUUAUGCAACUUGGAGAGGACCAAUGUUGGCAAAAUCCGGUGUUCAUACUGUUUGAUUAAUCAUUUUCAUAUAACAGAGUAUUGAGAAAAUAAAAGACACCACCAUUCAUUCAAUCCAGUAAAAUUGAACAACACAUUGACAUUUAAAACUACAAACAUGACACACUGAAUUGAUGAACUACCCUUCACAUCCAUGGGAAGGUUGAAAUAAAACAUUACUAAGUGAAAGAUCAUGUGCUGUAAACAUCUAAAUAUGCCACACAGUACUUGAAACAGGUGAUUAGCCCCAUUCAAUAAGACAACAAAAGUAGCUUUUACAGCACAAUAACUGAAACUGAUCACCUAUAAAAUACACUUUUCUCCGAGUAGGAUACAUGCAACACAAAUAGUUCAAGUCACAAACCUAAAUGCAUCUGAGUUCACAUUGUGUUGCACGACACGAUAGAAUAAGGCUUCUGGUGGCUCAAAUUGGCUCACAUUUACAUAUCUUCCAGAUGUCAGCCAGUUCAGAGUGAGUUAUAAUGCAUAAGUGCAUUUCAAAAAAUUACAAUAUGGUGGCGAAUUUUAUGUUUUCUCCAAUACAUGGGUGUUACUGUAUUUUGUCAUUUGGAAGCCUGAGGUACAGACAAGCAUGAGGCCCUCCACUUCUUUGUUCGGCAAACAUUUUAAACAUUAGCUUCUAUUGUCAACUAAUAAACACAAUUAGAAAAUUUCCUGAGUCUUUAAAAUCCCAGGAUUAAAAUCUAAAAAAGUGAAG